AUGAAAACCUGCACAUUUUUCCUUCUCCUUUUCAUUUUCUUGCUAAUUUUCUUCUUUGGUGUCCCCCUUUUAUUCAUCAUCUUAAUCUUGAAGCCCCAAAUGCCAGAUUUUUCCCUCAAAACAAUACACGUGAAAUCAUACAAACUCGACGUAAUAAGCCCCGGCCAAAGCCUCAUGGUCUCGUCGGUUUUCUCUUUAGACAUAAUCACGCGUAAUCCUAACAAGGUCGGAUUAAGCUACCACCCUUCGAGAUUCCAUGUCCUGAGCCAAGGAUUAGUAGUUGGACUGAUUAUAAUCCCGGAUUUUCAUCAGCCCCCAUUGAGCAAAAACGUAACCCUCGAAACGCGAGUGUUUGUCGAAUGCUUAAACGUUAGCGAAAUAAUUUACAGAAAUUCCAAAAAAGACGGCUCGUCAACAGAAGGUUCGGCUGGCAUAAGGAUAUUAGGCGAUUUUAAAGCAGAGGUUCGAUUUUUUCGGGUCACGUUGCCUAAGAUUAGGAUUGCUUUGGAUUGUGAAAUUGAAGUCAACGACUCGAGAUUUUCGCCGAGUAGUGAAGUUUACGGCAUGAAAUCGAAUCACGAACGGUUGGUACGUGCGGUUAAACUGUCGAUCUUGAAUAGAUUUCAGUGUUUUUAUUUUUGUUGUCUUAACUCUUAACCAUAACUUUGCUAAUUAUCUUUUUU